AUGGCCGCUCGCCCGACUGUCUCCAUCUUCUCCGCCGCCGGCGAGUCCUCGGGCUCCGUCGCCCUCCCUGCCGUCUUCACUGCGCCCAUCCGCAUUGACGUCGUCCAGCAGGUCCACAAGUCGAUCGCCAAGAACCGUCGCCAGGCUUACGCCGUCGCCGAGAACGCCGGCCACCAGACCUCGGCUGAGUCGUGGGGCACUGGUCGUGCCGUCGCCCGUAUCCCCCGUGUCGGCGGUGGUGGUACCCAGCGCUCGGGCCAGGCUGCCUUCGGCAACAUGUGCCGUGGCGGUCGCAUGUUCGCCCCCACCAAGACCUGGCGCAAGUGGCACGUCAAGGUGAACCAGAACCAGCGUCGCUUCGCCGUCGCCUCGGCUCUCGCCGCCUCGGCCGUCCCCUCGCUCGUCCUCGCUCGCGGCCACCGCAUCGAGCAGAUCCAGGAGGUCCCCCUCGUCCUUUCGUCGUCGGUUGAGUCGAUCAACAAGACCAAGGCCGCCGUCGAGCUCCUCAAGACCGUCGCCGCUUACGCCGACGUCGUCAAGGUCUCGAACUCGCGCAAGAUCCGCGCCGGCAAGGGCAAGUUCCGCAACCGUCGCCACCGCCAGCGUCGCGGCCCCCUCGUCGUCUACGGCAAGGACGAGGGCCUCGUUCGCGCCUUCAAGAACAUCCCCGGUGUCGAGACCUCGCCCGUUGACGCCCUCAACCUCCUCCAGCUCGCCCCCGGUGGUCACGUCGGCCGCUUCGUCAUCUGGACUGAGGACGCCAUCAAGUCGCUUGACUCGAUCUACGAGAACAAGUCGGGCUUCACCCUCCCCACCGCCAAGAUCUCGAACACCGACGUCACCCGUCUCAUCAACUCGGACGAGAUCCAGUCGAUUGUCCGCCCCGCCGGCCAGCCCACCCAGAAGCGCCCCUUCACCCAGAAGAAGAACCCCCUCCGCAACAAGGCUGUUCUCUUCCGCCUCAACCCCUACGCCAAGACCCUCCGCCGCCAGGAGCUCCUCCGCCAGGAGCGCAAGGCCGCCGGCAAGACCAAGAAGACUGCUUCCACCGGCAAGGCCGGCGAGGCCUUCCUUGCCACCCUCCACGCCGCUUAA